AUGUCCAACCUCGACGCCGUCAAACGCCAUAUCCAGGACUUCUCGCAGGACUCUGAGCUCGAGUACCACUGGGGUUAUGCGGCCCGCCAGGUCCCCUGCCUCAACGAUGCGGGCGCUUGUGAGUAUCUCGACGCCGUCUACCACGAGCAUGACCUGGGCAUGCUCUAUACUUUCAUCCUCUGGGCCGUCAUCUGCGGCCUGCUCUUCCUCUUCGUCCUUGGACGAACCCUGUUCCCUCUGACGCGGGCCUCUGCCCCUGUCGACAGAACGCAUUUCGCAGACUCACAGUCCUGCCAGAAUGAUAAAGCGCUUCUUGAAGACUCGCGGCCGCGCCAGAACGCUCCUUACCGGUUUGGUACCGCCAUCAAGAGCAUGACGCGGCGGUACCUGCUCCCAGAGAGCGGUUGCGCCUUCGUGUUUGGCCACACGACGCGGCUGCAGCUCCUUAUCCUCGCCAUCCUGAUUGGCUACCUGACGGUCUUCACUUUUGUCGGCAUCACCUACAAGACAUGGAUGAGCCCCGUCAAGGGCAUGCCCGGCGUGUAUAACACCCGCACCGGGCUCGGGCCCUGGUCGGACCGCAUCGGCGUGCUCGCCUUCGCGCUCACGCCGCUCGCCGUCAUGCUCUCCAGCCGAGAGUCCCUGCUCUCGCUCAUCACUGGGAUCCCCUACCACCAUUUUAUGUUCUUACACCGCUGGCUCGGCUAUAUCAUCUACAUCCAGUCGACGCUCCACACGAUCGGCUGGACGAUCAUCGAGGGCAAGCUCUACCAGCCGCAGCCGUCGGCGUGGAACACCUGGGUUGCGCAGACGUACAUUAUCUGGGGCAUUGUGGCGAUGAUCUUGCUCUCAGUCAUGGUCGCCCUUAGCACCCCGUGGGGGAUCCGGCUGACCGGGUACGAAGUCUUCCGCAAACUGCACUAUGUUCUGGCGAUGGUCUACAUAGGCGCGUGCUGGGGCCACUGGGCGCAGCUCUACUGCUGGAUGAUCGCCUCGCUGGUCGUCUGGUUCCUCGACCGCGGUAUCAGGCUAGCGCGCACAUUCACGAUGCACCACUUCAACACGCCAAACACCAGCCACGGGUUCGGCAUGCACGUUCCCAAUGCGCGCAUGACGGUCUUCCAGCGCGCGCGCGACGGCGACAUCGUCCGCCUCGAGCUCGAGCACAACCACGACGAGUGGCAGAUCGGUCAGCAUUUCUUUCUCUGCUUUCCCGCUCUGAGCGUCUGGCAGAGUCAUCCGAUGACGCCCGCCAGUGUGCCCGGGACGAACCCGCGGGGCCAGAUUCAUACCUAUAUCAUCCGCGCCCGGAGCGGGAUUACCAAGCGGCUCGCCCAGCUGGCGCAGACAGCUCAAGCAACCUCGGUGGUCUUGAACGGACCGUACGGCCAGUCGAUUGUGGACGAGGACUUUUACCGUGACGACGAAAUCAACGUCUUCUGUGUUGCAGGCGGAACCGGCGUGACCUUUGUCCUUUCUCUCCUGCUCAGGCUGGCGCAGCAGGCACAGCGCCGGGGCCUCCUUGAAUUCGUCUGGGUCGUCCGUCGUAAGGACGACCUAGACUGGAUCCAGCCGGAGCUGGAGACGCUGAAGAAGGCUGCUGCUGCAGUGCGAACUUUCCGCAUUCGCAUCUUCGUCACCAGAGGGGCUCACGAUUCCACCGAACCGGUCGCAGCAUUGGGAGACCCUUUCUCCAAGGAGGCAGACGCCGCCGUUAACUGCCAGACACCGUCUUCCCCCUCGACGCCAUCAGUCUCGCCUCAUGAACACCAGGACCCAACCCCAACUUCCACGUUCACCAUCCACGCCCCUUCGUCGGCCGCCUCCUUAGCCAGCGGGGACAAAAACCACCCCGAUCUCGCUGCGCAGGUGACGGACUUUGUCUCACGCACGGUAUCCGGCCCAACGCGCGUCUUUGCUAGCGGCCCCCUCGGCAUGAUCCGUGAUCUACGCAGCGCCGUUGCCUCGUGCAAUGAUCCGGGUAAGGUGUGGAAGGGUCAGGAGAGGUUUGAUGUGCAGUUGGUGCAUGAUGAUCGGUUGGAAUUCUAG